AUGAUGUUUAAGAUCAAUUGGCUCAUAUUUAUCUACCUUUCAUUAGGCUUGUGUUCUAGAGCUAAAAUAAAUUAUGUCGAUACGGAAAGAACACCUGGUAGAGUAGAUAUUCGUUUUAUGAAUAAUAUAGUAGAGAAAGAUACUACGAAAGGAUUUUCGUCCCGUCUCGAUCUUAACUACACGCUAGAAGAUUGUAAGGCCAUGAGACUUUGUCCUUCAAACAUGGAAUACGGUGAAGAAUUCACUAAGAAUUUAUUAACUUUGGACAUGUUUGAAGUCCUUACGUUUACAUUGAACAAGAAUGAAGAUGAGUUAAGACAGCCUAUUAACGAUACUUCUUACUGGUUUGAAUACUCUCAUAAUAAGUUCAAGGGUAAGGCCAUUGGAAAAUAUACUGUGCCACAAGGCUUUCAUUAUGCAGACAAGAAUAAAUUAAUUAUCACGGUCCCAAUUUACCUCGUCUGUUCUCUUAUUGCUGCUGUUAUAUAUCUUAAUAAGAGAAAGUUGCUUGUCACUAUGAAUUUUAAAUUCUCGAACAUUUCUAGGGUUCUAUUCAAAUAUCUUUCUCUCAAAUUAGUAUUUGGUUCGGCCUAUCUUGCAUACUUAGUCUUGUUUGUUGAUUUUAGAACGCAGCCCUUGGGACAUUUUAAAAUCCUAGUAGCAUUCACUAUAUUCAAGUACAUAAUAAGUCUUGCAAGCUUCCUCUUGGUGGUUCUUUUUGCUUUUGGCUAUUGUACUUCGUUCUUCACAUUUACCAAUAGAAGAUCCAUCUUAUGGAAGGUAUGUGGCCUCACCUUAUUAAAUGGCAUCCAAAGUUUUCCAAAGCUUUUCUAUGAGAUACAAGAUAUCAAAAAUGCCGUGCCUUUUUUCCGUGCUUUUAAAAGCAGAUUACCCACUUCUGUCGCAAUUGGGUUUAUAGCUUUAUACAUUGUGAUCUUAUUUGCUCUUGCAUACAUUGCAUAUGAUACAUAUAAGCAUUCCCACAAGAGGGAUGCGAGGUUUUUGCUUUCAUUUCAAAUAAUAUUAGCAGCUUAUAUCUUAUCUCCACUUAUAGUUGUUCCUACUGGCCGAUCGACGAUACCAAAUUUUAUAAAAAACAGAUAUUUGUUAAAUGACGGAGUCUCGGAUCCUAAUUCGCAAGGUGUUCAUGUCCCUGAUGUUAUUGAAUUGUUUGUUAUUGGAGCAUUGAUUUAUAUCUGGAGAGAUUUGAAAUAUGUAGAAAAUGAUGGUGAUGUUUAUGGUAAGCUUGACAAUGGCGAGUAUGAAUUAGAAGAAAAUCAUUAG